AUGGAACUCCUGGACGAACUCGAACUUAUGGCGCAAGCCGCAUCCGCGCUCCAGGAAAAUGACGAAGAUAUGCAAACGACUGUCACUCGGUGGCAGAAACUAUUCGGCUACUCAGUCUCUACUGCCGAGUCCAAGAUCAAAGAUCAUCGAAAGGACGCGCUCGAUUUUACGAUCUCUGAUGAUCACUGGUUCGUCGUUCGAGAUCGGAUGAAAGCCGAGGGACACGACCGUGAGUCAUACGAACAUUUUUACAAUUACCGCCGGGCCACGCAUAAUGUCAGCAACAACCAGAAUCGUUCUAUAAAGGAGAGGCGUAUGCUUCGAGCUCUGGGCUUCUUGAUCAAGCUUGAAGGGCCCUUCAGCAAUGUAAAAUCAAUUAUCGAAGCAGCUGGUCUAUCACUUGACGCAUCGACCGAAGUCAUCCCGGCGACCGACCUCUUUGGAGAGCCGUGCUCUUUUUACAGGAUCAACAUGAUGGACAAGUUGGCCAUUGAAGAAUGGUUGGAGAAACACCCCCAACCUGACCUUUUUUCGCCAACCUACGUUCGAGACAGUGCACGAAAGGAUCUCUCGUCCACCUCUCUCUACCCAACCCUGGGCCUGGACACAACACUGCCUCAGUACCGACCUGAAUCAGACAAAACCUAUCGCCAACCCCCUCGCCCCUCACAAAAUGAGUAUCCUGUGUGGUACUUCUUCUACGGAACUCUUCUCGACAAAGCCAUCUUAGCGAGGCUCUUCGGCUCCGACUUCCAUGCUCCUUACCGUGAGGCCAAGAUUCGAGGUGGAAUUGUGAAGAUUAUGGGGAAUUACAAUGCUUUGGUGGAUGAUGAGAGCGGUACAAACGUGGUUCAUGGAAAGGCAAUGCGUGUUCAAACUCGUGAACACGAGGAGCGCCUGCGAGCAUAUGAGACGAAUGUCUAUGAGGUGGUCCGAUGCAAGAUCGAGGUGGGCCCAAAUGAGUUCAUAAACGGUCUCACGUUCCGGUUUAUUGCAGACUUCUUGGACUAG